AUGGUCCUCGGAUCCCGGAUCCAGUGGGAGCGUGAGCUUCCUGGCGGUGUCCUUUUGGGUGUUGAGCUGUCAGACUCAGAUGCAAGCCUGGAUUCGGCUAAGAUUAUUUACAGCCCGUGUCGCUGUUGUACAAUAGCGGCAGAUAGUGCAGCGACGGCCAUGCGGACGCGGGCCUUAUCUGUCGCUGUCGACUGCUUCGCCUUUGGGCUCGACAUCGCCUGCAAGAAUUGCCUAUGGCACAUCGAAGGCGAUAGGAUGAUGUGGUCUGUCGGCGCCCAGAUGGUGCAGUACAACACCCAGUCGCAGGAGAUGCGGUUUCUCCCUCUGGCCGAUCGAGGGGUUCGUGCCCUGGUACUCGCCGUGGCCUCUAACUUCAAGUACUUUGCGGUGGCGGAAAAGGUGCCGGGACUGGAGUACGACCAGAUACAUGCAUGCACACACACAGAGCUGUGGUUGUGCAUGUGCAUUGAGAACAGCAAGUAUCUGCUGGUUCAGUACGGCACCCCUGACUGGACGUUGGUAGUUUGGCGGUGGUACAACGGAAAGGUAUUGGCUGCGCAUCGGAUGGAGUCUCGUCCCAUACUGACAGCUCGCUUCAGUCCCGUGGACGAUCUACUGCUUGCCGUACUGACACCUACUUCCGUACUGCAGUACAGAAUGCAUCUCGAUAGGGAGGUGUUCACGAUGCUGGCGUCGCCGCCGGACGCUCUGGAGCCGCAUUUCGAGGUGGCCAUGAAGCGACCUAGUGUCGUACGCUUCUCUACCGGCGGAGCGAUGUUCGCGUACGUCGGCCGUACGAAUGCUGUACACAUUCAUGCGACAUACCACGGCCAGCCCCAGCUCGCGGCUCUCAAGGCCCACGCCUCCUUGGUCUUGGAUCUCCGGUUUUCGGUGGACGAUCGAAUGCUUAUUUCUGUGGGAGUUGGAGGAGCAGUCUAUUUUUGGGAUCUUAAUACGUUCAGCCGAGUUAUGGAUCUGGAACUGGUGGACAAACAGGCGCUGUACUGCUCUGUGGCCGUGUACAACUCCGAAACCGGCGCGGCGGUGGUUCGCGCAUCCGACGGACGAAUGCAGCAGAUCUACAACGGCAAGGUGCAGUACGAGGUCAUGUGCAAGGGCGGUCAAAUGGCGCCUGCGUGUCUCCUAGGGGCGGAUAAGGUGCUGUUAGCCGCGGACGACAGCGGCGGUGUUGUCUCCCAUGCCUGGCCUUCUGACCUGCCUCCCCGUCCAGGGUUUGCCUCCGUCGCACCCCCACCUCACACCUACCCCAUUCACUCGUUCGCGGGCGGGGGCAUCACCAGGAUGGCGCUCGUCGCCUCCCGGGGACUGCUGUUCACGGCAAACGGUGACGGAACCAUAAUGAUGAGCAACAUAGCCCUGGUGCUGGACGGAGUCCUGAUGGAGUCCACCUUUGGUGCCGUACACACACGGGGCCGUCUAGCCGCCGCCACCGCCGCCGCCGCCAACUCAAGAAUGGGCUCCGCGGCCUCGCAGCGCCUGCUAAACAUUGGCGCUGCCGCCGCCGCCGCCGCCGGAGGGGGAGGGGGAGGGGGAGGGGUGCCACAGGGGGCGGCGGCGCAGAUGGGCGCCGCCGCCGCCGCCGCCGGCGCGUCGUCGUCAUCCACGUCGACGUCAUCUGUUCCGUACUACAUUACCAUUCCGGAGGAGCGUUUCUUGGCGAUUCGUGAGCGGGCGAUUGAAGUGGCGCAGAUGGUCGGCCAUGCCAAGAACGAUGCUGAAUAUCAGGAAUCUGGUCGGCUUCAUGAGCGCCAAGUGGUGAAGGAGUUGGAGGGGGCGCAUAUGAGUGCUGCGGAAGACCUUGAGGCGCUGUACGAGAAGCGAUUGCAGGUCGAGGUGGAACGGGUUAGGGCGAUGGCAGCUGCCCGCGAUGACGCGCGCUACCGGGGGGAGGAGGAGGUCAAGAGGAUGAGACUCGCGCAUGAAAGGGAAUUGCAGGAGCUCCGGAACCACUAUGAGGCCCAGCUGGCGGCUAUGGACUCCAAGAUGUCCGAGGCGGCUGACGUCAGAGCUGAGCAGGACCGCUUCUUCAAUGAGUACGUGAAACAGGAGGACUUUGAGGACCACAGUCAGCGCAUCAACAAGAAGGUGUCGGUGUUGACGGAGGCGGCCGAAUCCCGGGAACAGCGGCUCAAGGCGGACAACAACAUCCUUAAACGGACCAACCUCAGACUUAAAGCGGACAAGACCAUCGACAUGAAGCGAAUGGACAAACUGACAGCCGACAACGCGGCUCUUAGGGAGCAAACCGAGGAUCUCAAACUCACCAUCGCCAAACUCAAAAAAGAGCUAGAUGAACGGGAUGCGGUCAACGCGGACAACUACGUCACCAUCCAACAACUUCGCCGCAAGCUCCAAGAGCUGGAGAAACACAAAUACGUCUUGUCGUACAAGGCUGAGACGUACGCGCAAAAGCUGGAGCCCCAGCUCGAGGAAAUCGCCAAGCUGCAGGACUCAUUAGAGGGCCACGGCAGGGAGCUGCUCAACCAGGCCAAGAGAACGCAACUCCUGAACCGCCAUGUCGCCGAGAAGGACUCCGCUCUGCGCACCGCCAUGGCCAGCCUCGCCGACUUCAAACGGCGCUGUGAGCUCCAAGACGCCGCGAUUACCGCCUUUGCCCAGGAGCUGUACGGCGCCAUGCAGCUGCCGGAUGAUCGGUCCGUACACGGCAAAUCUGCACGACAAAAGGCCCUGGACGAUUUGGUACGGAAGUAUUGUCUGGGUGACCCGCGGGCGAACGCCAACAGGAAUGCGGCGAGUGAGGCGAUUGCGGCGGCGGCGGCGGCGGAGACGCGAGUGGUGUUGCUGCAGUGGCGGUUGGAUCAGGAGACUCGGACGCAGCGGGCGACUCAGCGACUGACUUUGAACCAGAACAGCCAGCUGCUUCGGGAGCUGCAGGUGGCUCAGCAGGAUAACAGGGCGCUCCGAGACCGCGUGGACGCGGCCUUCGUGGCUCUUAGGGAGAUGCAACACCGCUACGCCAUGUUGGAGCGGCGAGCUGGAAUCAAAUCGGGCAGCCGCGCCGGGGAUGAAGAUCUGCUGGACGGCAGCGGUGGUGGCGGCGGCGGCGGCGGGGAGGAUGUCGACACUCCGGAGCGCGCUAACGCCGCCGCCGCCUCCGGCGGCGGAGGCGGCGGCGGCGUCGCGAGCCUGUCAGGCCGUGUGCCGCCUUCACGGCCAGGUACGGCCGUCGCCGCCACCGGCCGGCGUACACCCUUGUCAGCCGGCGGCGGCCUGCAUCGCCAUUCGCACCACCAUCCCCAGGUACGGCCGGGGACAGCGGGAGGAACCCGUACGCGACCCCCGUCGGCGGGUUUGGGGCCGUACCGCAGCGGCGGUCCCGCUGGCGGCGGCGUCAGCGGCGUCGCCAGGGGUGCACCGCUGCGUGCCUUUGCGGAGUUGCUGAUCUCCGAGCGCCAGCGCAUGCAGGCGCUAGCAGCCCAACUGGAGAGCGGCGCGGUGGCGGUGGAGCAGCAGCAACGGGCGCUUCUGGGGCUCCGUGAUCAGUUGGCGGCGGAGGCGGCCGCCGCUGACGGCGACGGCGACGGCAACACCGGAGGCGAUGGGGGCGGAGACGGCGGUUUCGACGGCGACGGCAACGGCAACGGCUUCGGCAACGGGCUAGUUCAAAGCGGUCGCGACAGCGAUGGCGGGGAGGGGGAUCUGGGCAUCAUGCCCAGCUUUGGGAGGUUCGGCGCUUCACUUCAGGGUGGCGAAGGGAUAUUAGAUGGUGGCGGAGGCGCGGACGCGGCGGGAAGUACGGCAGCUACGGGCGGAAGCGCUAGUCAAGGUGACGGAAGCAGUAGCAGCAGGCGUGUGACAGUAGCCAGCAACGGCGGCGGCGGCGGCGGCGGCGGCGGCAGUCCCAUCUUCGGCGGCGCCAACACAGCGUCGUACCACGCGCCGGGGGUCCGCGGACUCAACUUGGCGGGCGGCGGUGGCGGCGGUUUUGGCAGUGGUGGCGGCGGAGCCCCUGCCCGGCUGCGACCCACCUCCGCGGGGGGUGUGGGUCUGCGCGCAUUCACCGACGAGAAGGUCGACCGGUUCCUGCCACCGCCAGCAUGCACACAGCAGGAUCUGCCUUUCUGA